CAGCACGAUGUACGCGGGGGCUUCCGCGCAACUGGAAGUCAACAUAUCUAAUAUAAACUCGCAAAAUCAAAUAGUUAUCAAUGACUUGUACUUACUGGAAUUGCUCUUUAAGUACCCUUUCUUGUUUAACCGACGCAUUCGCCCCCAGCAAGACCCGGACUAUGAGGAGUGGGCGUGGGAGCAGAUAGCAAAGUCAUUUAAUGCUAAUUACGGAGAACUACCGCUCAGUGCUCCAUUCAGCGUCGAGGAACUGCAAUGGCGCUGGAGUAAUCUUAAACCGAUCUUGGGAAAUGUAAACACAGAUGAGAAAUCUCAAAUUCCCGAACAACUGGAUUCUUUGAUGAAAAAAAUGCAGUCAAUGAUGGGGGAACAACCACCACCAUUGGUGAAGCGAAAUACCGCACUGCAAAACUUUCUCAUUGACCAUGUGCCGCUUGUGGAGAAUCUGUCUGAACAACAGCGCAGAAAACUGGAGGUGGAGGUCCUCAAUGCUAUAUUCCAGAAGGAACUGAGCACGCGUGCCACCAUUCCUAUGGGCAAGCUCGAAACGGCGCGAGUUCAGCGUGAAUAUGAUGAGUUCCUAAAGAACAUUCGUGUAAAGGAAAUCCCCCCAAAUGCCACGAUUCCCGUGGUACAGCCGAACACCUCUGCACACAUUGUUAACACUUGUGAAACAAACUUGGUCAUCAGCAGUGUUUGCAGCACACAGAAUCAACCACUGUUGCCGAUUAUUGAAAAUGUUACUAGCACAGCACCAACAACAGAAUCAGUUCAAACAGCCCAAGAACCAACUUGGCCUUCAUCCCCGCCGUAUAUUAAACCGGAACCGGAGGAACAGUCGCCUGAACAUAGAGAAAAAGUCUCCGACAAAACUGGGAAAGUGGCAGACACUACAAGCAUCGACCGCGAGACGACAGACAAUAUAGAUAAUAAUUUAGGAUUACGUUAUGUGCCAUUAAAGUGUGCAAAAUAUUAUAUCCAAAAUGUGCGUGUGAGGUUGAAACGUGUAGAAAUCGAUGACUAUUUGCCACUAGCCACCAUAAGAAAACUUAGCCGUAGUAACUAGAUUAGAUUUAUAUUUUUAUCAAAUGCACAAUAAAUUUAUUUAAAAAAUACAUUACUAUAAAUUACAA